UACUUCAUCGUUACAUUUUCAAAUUUGUGGAAAUCAACAUACGCUGUAAAGUGUUACUUCGAUCGGUGCAACUUUUAUCAGUAUGACCGUUCAACGACGAGGCAAGUCCAGUAGUGGUGGCCGUAGGAGGCAGCGACAGCAACGUCAACGGCACCGCUCACAGUCCACCUCUGACGAAGGAAGCUCGGAUGGAGGGUCAGUGACACGCUGCGUUUGUGGAGAAUUCCACAAUGUUGGCUUGAUGGUGCAAUGCGAUAAAUGUGAAGUUUGGCAACAUUGCGAAUGUGUGGGUUUGGAAGAAAAGGAUAUCCCUGAACAAUAUUAUUGUGAAGAAUGCAAGCCCGAAAAUCAUACCUUGAUCAAACUCAGUCAUGGAAAAACUCGCCGACAGUACAUCAACGCCUCACAAAAACAUUUAAUGGCCAUCGAUAAAAAGGCACCAAAAAAAAGAAUGACGCUGAAUAGUCGGGAGGCCUCCAUGUCGCUGGAAGACGUGCUUGCUACACGCAAUGCGCUUGUAUUUGCAGAAUCGUAUCAGAAAUCGACGGACGCGACCUCACCAGUGUCACCAAAAAAUUCUCCAAAUAUGCAAGAUGAGGAACGUACAGUUAAAAGACCCAAACAUAACGAACCUGAAGGAGACGCCGUGGAAGCUGAGGAUGAUAAACCCCAACCAUCGUCAUCCACAGUGUCCUCUGUCGGUCAUGAAGAACCUUAUAUGGAACUUGUCAAGGAACAAGACGACAAUGGUUCAGAAGAGGGUGAUGCUGCUAAACCCGCACGACAGAAACGAACGACUGCCUCACGAAGCAACAGCAAAAAUGAGACGAGCCCCUCUGUCAAUAGCAAGCCUGUCAGAACGCCAGAAAAACGUGGACGAGGAAGCAAUCGACGAACCACCACAGGAGCGCGUCGAACACCAACCAACAAACCUCGUUCACGAACAUCGACUCCUCAGCCAGCAGAAACUGAAUCGCCUUCCACACCCGAUAUUAGCACUUCCAUCUUUGAACACUUUUCAGCUGAAGCGCGCGCGACGUCUCCUACAGCCCGUGUUCGACUGCCAUCGGCUCGUAUGACCAUUUCAGAAAUGAAUCGACGAGCCAAACAAAUCCUUGAAUAUAUCAGCACCAUUCAGGUAGAAAUGGCCAACGAUGUCACUCAUCACCAGAGUCCGGUCCACGAUGCAAGUAUAGCUUCGUCAACCGCGAUGCAAGUAGCAUCACCCCAUCAACCGAAUAUGGAUGGUUGCAAUGGCGCUGUGGCAGACAAAGCAACAUCUCAAAGCAAAGCUCAGGGCCGGCCUGCGCCUAUCAUCAUUCCCACGCAGACCGACGACGGGUCUCCGUCUUCAUCAUUAAGUAGUGCAAGUACUAUUCCGCUCAAUGAAGACACUCCGGCUUCUCCGCGCACGGAAUUUGCAGAGAAAGGCAUGGCAGAGGAAGCACUUGAAAAAAGGAAUACCGGAUCAUCCAAAGACAAAACGGAGGAAACGUCCAUGGAAAUGAUGGAUAUGCUCACUCGCGAACUCAUCAAAUUCCAACGUCGUUUUGGCGGCCGGCACCAUUUUCCGAUACAUGAUGGUGGAUCCGAACAGGAAGGACGAGUGACACGCAGUCGAGACGCCAGCGCCAAUGGGAGUAGUUUGAGAUCCAUAUCUGCAUCAUGAUCCUGAUCGAAUCGAUCCGGUUAUCCUUGGAAAGCACGAGUACGCUGAUGUUUUUCAUCGCAAUACUUUGUCACUGUUUAUAUCAUUUUUUUCUCCUUCUCUUUGCGUCAUUGUAAAUAUUCAUACUGUAACUGUAGCAAAUAGCAUCCAUCCCUUCUACCUAAUUCUUACAACAUGCAAAUUCACAUCAACUUAUCAAGAUAAGAGCCGAAACUUUUGUUUCCACUGUCGGAUCUUCGUCAUCAGUGGAGCCGAACCGUGCAACUUGAUAUUCAAGGCGACCUCCACCUUGCGCUAGUCAUACAGAAAAACUUAAAUCCGACAGUGAUUAUAAAGACCUCUUGGUUCAUCGACGAUCAUAAAAGGUUACUUCUCUCUCACACACUUACACCGAUUUCAUACUGUAUCCAAGGAAUAAAAACGUACAAUGUUGCAC